CGACAACGAGCAAUUGUCAAACACGACAAGGCAAUGCGGUGACAUUUCGUUAUGGCUUCCUCUAGGUCUGUCACUACAAGCUUGCAGCGUAAUCUGCUGAGGGGACAGCUUGUCAGGGUGACAACACAGGCUUCACGAUGGUAUCUACAAACAAGAUCAAGCUUGGCCCGCCCCCGCAGUCGUGCGCCACCUCUCCCUCAACGACGAGAGUUUUCAGUCUCAAUUCCAAGACGAUUAGCAGAUGUCAAUGAUGAUUUUGAUCCAAGGUCUAUUGAUCGGGAAAGUGACGAGGUCGAUGUAUGUAUUGUUGGUGGAGGACCUGCUGGCUUGAGUGCCGCAAUUCGAUUAAAACAAUUGGCGAACGAGGCUGGUAAUGACGAGUUCCGAGUUCUGUUGCUGGAGAAAGCUGGGGAGAUUGGGGCCCAUAUUCUUUCUGGAGCUGUCAUUCAACCGACAGCGAUCAACGAAUUGAUUCCAGAUUGGCUGGCAGAGGACAAUGAGAGCAGAUUCGAGGAUGCGACUCCUGCGGGAGGUGACAAGAUGCGAUACCUUACGAAAUCGAGCUCGAUACCCCUACCAGCGCCGCCUCAGAUGAACAAUCAUGGAAACUACAUUGUCAGUUUAAAUCAAUUUACGAGGUGGCUUGGAGAAAGGGCAGAAGAGAUAGGCGUUGAGGUUUAUCCUGGCUUUGCUGCUUCAGAAGUACUAUACAGAUCAGAUGGGUCCGUGAAAGGCGUGGCAACCAACGAUCUGGGUAUUUCAAGGCAAGGCAAGCCAAAAGAUAGCUUCGAGAGAGGCAUGGAAUUUCAUGCGAGGAUUACUUUGUUUGCAGAAGGAUGCCAUGGAAGUCUGACGAAACAAGUCAUCAAGAAAUUCGACCUUCGUAAUGAAAGCCAGCCACAAACAUAUGGUCUCGGAAUAAAGGAAGUCUGGGAAGUCCAGCCAGAGAAGUUUCAAAAGGGACAAAUCGUGCAUUCCAUGGGCUAUCCUCUACCUUCAGAUACAUAUGGGGGUGGAUGGAUGUACCACUUCGGUGACAAUCUUGUCAGUGUGGGUUUGGUAGUUGGACUGGACUACCCCAAUCCUUGGCUUUCCCCAUACCAAGAGUUCCAAAAAAUGAAACAUCAUCCACUUUAUAAAUCCGUACUCGAGGGUGGCAAAUGCAUCUCGUAUGGUGCUCGAGCACUUAAUGAAGGAGGCUUUCAAUCAAUACCAAAGGUCGCCUUUCCAGGCGGUGCCCUCAUUGGAGAUACAGCAGGGUUUCUCAAUGUUCCAAAGAUCAAGGGAACCCAUACGGCCAUGAAGUCCGGAAUGCUUGCUGCAGAAGCAACUUGGAAUGCACUUGAAAGUUCAGAUUCAGGAACGCCAUUUUUGUACGACUAUGAAGAUUCACUGCGCAAAUCAUCAAUCUGGAAGGAAUUGAAGGAAGUUCGCAACAUGCGACCGUCAUUCAAUUCACCUCUGAAGCUGUGGGGUGGUAUUAUGUAUUCGGGACUCGAGGCCUACGUAUUGAAGGGCAAAGUCCCAUGGACUCUCAAGCACCAUGGUACUGACGCUUCCGCCACCAAGACGGCUGAUCAAUGCACGAAAAUUGAGUACGAGAAGCCUGAUGGAAAGAUCAGCUUUGAUAUCUUGACGAGUGUCAGCAGGACAGGUACGAACCAUGAAGAGGAUCAACCUGUCCAUUUACAGGUCAAGGAUUGGGAUAAGCACGCUGAAUUGGAGUGGCCCAAGUACAAAGGAAUUGAGAACAGGUUCUGUCCAGCAGGAGUGUACGAGUAUGUCGAGGAUGAGACGAAGGAUCUGGGUGUGAGGUUCCAGAUCAAUGCUCAGAAUUGCAUCCAUUGCAAGACCUGUGAUAUUAAGGUUCCAGAUCAAGACAUCAAUUGGACGACGCCUCAAGGUGGAGAAGGUCCAAAGUACUUCAUGACCUAGGUUGUUCAUCUCGGCAUCUUGAUAAUUUCACUGUACAUAUAUUUGGAUAGACCUAGAGCACAUAUUGGCAACAAGACCCAUCAAAAACGUCUCUCGGGAAUGCUGAGGUUGUGGCACUCAAUAAACGUAUUGAAUCCGAGAGCAGCACCAAGCUCUUGAUUCUGCCAUUCGAAUUUCUGAAUAGGUAAAUUGAUGCAAUGCGAAUGCGGUUUUCCAAAGACUCUGAAUGACAAGAACAUUGGUGUUUUGAGGGUUGAGAGCUAGGGUGAGUAUUGAACAAAGGGUGCAUAACCUCCUCGAAGACGAACAUUCAUUCAAGGCGCUAAGACCGUUUGAGCCGAGG